CUUGUUAUACAGUAGAGGGCACAUGAGCCUCCUACUUAGUCCUAAUCCCUCUCCCUAAGUAAGAGGCACAGAGUAAUCACUUGGCAAGAAUCGAAGGGGCAGGGGGCGCCAGUGAUCAACCAACAGGGCAGCUAUAAAGGAAGACCAGGAAUGCCAGGAUGCAGGAUUAGAGCCCAAAGGGAGAUGCCAUCAUGAAAGAUCUGUGAAGAGGGAAGCCUGAGGGGUAGGGGCAGAAGGAUGAAGCCUAGGAGACCAACUUCUUUCACAAGGGAAAUACCAACUGCGGAGCCAGAUUCUACCUCAGCAUCUAGGCCAGAAUGGAAAUUUGAGACACAGCAGAGAUCUAUAAUCCAGCCAGAUCCUGAGCCAGAAACAACCCUCACAGACCAUCCAGGAGCAAAGAUGCUGCAGGAAUUUGAUACCCCGAAGCCCGCUGUCCAACACGAAGCUGAAUUCCAGCAGGUACCAAGAGUUCCACAAAGAUCUGCUCUGCUCCAGAAAAUCCUUGCCCCAUUAGCCUCUCCUGCACCACAGCAAUCACCUCCCCGCCAGAAAGUGCACUUGGAUCAACAGGAAGCCACCUCCCACUGGGGACCAGGGACAGGAAAAGUGUCUACAACUCAACAGGAACCACAACUCAGAGAAGAACAUGUGGAGAUGACAGGAUCUGGACCAGCAGAACCACCUCUAGCUCCACAUGAAGUGGAGGCUACAUCUACAACCCAGGCUGCACCUGGACCCCAAAAGAAAUCCCCUGCUGAGACUUACUCCUCAUUCCAAGAGAGACUUAAACAGUCAGACCCUACAACCCAGCAAACACCUCUAGUUCAAGAAGCCAAAUCCAAUCAGGGAUCUUUGAUGGAAUCUGGGUUUUUAACAAGACUACAUGAACUAUCCAUACAGCACACGGCCCAUGAGUGGAAGACAUUUUUUAACUGGGUUACAGUGUCUGACACAGAGAAACAUCUGAGUUCAUCUUCAAACUCAAAUCUUUCAGAGCCAAAGAGUGGGACAGUGAUCCCGGAAAUGCUACUACCCUUCAAAAAGAAACCUGAUUGUGAAAAGCUGCCAGGAUAUGGCGGGAAAUCACCACAUGGGAUGAAAGCUAGUCUCCAGAAUCACAAACACUACUGGGACACAGGGGAGGGACUCGACCGCUGGAAUUGGGCCCCGCGCCGGGACUGGAAAGAAUUGAUGGAGCCAGCCGUGGAGUCGGGGAUCGUGGGGGCCCAGGCCUCCAAGCAGGCCAAAGAAGGGUCGAAGAACCGCAGUCGCAGGCGGUGGCGAAAAGGCAAGGUCAAAGCCUCGGCAUUCUCACACAGCAUGGAUCUCCGCACAAUGACACAGUCGCUGGUGACACUUGCAGAAGACAACAUGGCCUUCUUCUCAAGCCAGGGCCCCGGAGAGACAGCUCGGCGGCUGUCCAAUGUCUUUGCAGGUGUUCGAGAACAGGCACUGGGGCUGGAGCCAACCCUAGGCCACUUGCUGGGUGUGGCACACCAUUUUGACCUGGACACAGAGACACCAGCCAAUGGAUACCGUAGCUUGGUGCACACAGCCCGUUGCUGCCUAGCACACCUACUACACAAAUCCCGCUAUGUGGCCUCCAAUCGCCGAAGUAUCUUUUUCCGUGCCAGCCACAACCUAGCAGAACUGGAGGCCUAUCUGGCUGCUCUCACCCAGCUCCGUGCCCUGGCCUACUACGCUCAGCGCCUGCUGGCUAUCAACCGACCAGGGGUGCUCUUCUUUGAGGGUGAUGAAGGACUUACCGCUGACUUCCUGCAAGAGUAUGUCACUCUGCAUAAAGGCUGCUUCUAUGGCCGCUGCCUGGGCUUCCAGUUCACGCCUGCCAUCCGGCCGUUCCUGCGACUCUCUCCAUCGGGGCUGGUGUCCUUCGGGGAACACUACAAACGGAACGAGACAGGCCUCAGUGUGACUGCCAGUUCCCUCUUCACUGGUGGCCGAUUCGCCAUAGACCCAGAGUUGCGUGGGGCUGAGUUUGAACGGAUCAUACAGAACCUGGAUGUGCACUUCUGGAAAGCCUUCUGGAACAUCACUGAGAUUGAGGUGUUGUCGUCCCUGGCUAACAUGGCAUCAACCACUGUGAGGGUAAGCCGCCUGCUCAGCCUGCCACCUGAGGCCUUUGAGAUGCCGCUAACCUCUGACCCCAAGCUCACAGUUACCAUCUCACCUCCCUUGGCACACACGGGCCCAGGGCCUGUGCUAGCCAGGCUCAUCUCCUAUGACCUGCGGGAAGGACAGGACAGCAAGAUGCUCAACAGCCUGGUGAAAUCUGAGGGCCCACGCCUGGAGCUGCGCCCAAGGCCCCAGCAAGCACCCCGCUCACGGGCCCUAGUAGUCCACAUCCAUGGUGGUGGCUUUGUGGCACAGACCUCCAAAUCCCAUGAGCCCUACCUCAAGAACUGGGCCCAGGAGCUAGGUGUCCCCAUCAUCUCCAUCGACUACUCCCUGGCCCCUGAGGCCCCCUUCCCCAGAGCGCUGGAAGAGUGCUUUUUUGCCUACUGCUGGGCUGUCAAGCACUGUGACCUGCUCGGUUCAACAGGAGAGCGGAUAUGCCUUGCAGGAGACAGUGCAGGCGGGAACCUCUGCAUCACUGUGUCCCUUCGGGCAGCAGCCUACGGAGUGAGGGUGCCAGAUGGCAUCAUGGCAGCCUACCCAGUCACCACCCUACAGCCCUCUGCCUCUCCCUCUCGUCUUCUGAGCCUCAUGGACCCACUUCUACCACUGAGCGUACUCUCUAAGUGUGUCAGCGCCUAUUCAGGUACAGAGACAGAGGACCACUCUGACUCAGACCAGAAGGCACUGGGCAUGAUGGGGCUGGUGCAGAGGGACACAUCCCUAUUCCUCAGAGACCUGCGCCUGGGUGCCUCCUCAUGGCUCAACUCCUUCCUGGAGCUAAGCGGACGAAAGCCCCAAAAGACUUCAUUGCCCACAGCAGAGGUCGUGCGCCCCACGGAGUCAAUGCGCAGGAGUGUGUCUGAAGCAGCCCUGGCCCAGCCCGAGGGCUUGCUGGGUACAGAUACCCUGAAGACCCUGACAAUAAAGGACUUGAGCUUUAAAGGCAACUCAGAGACAUCAGACACCCCCGAGAUGUCGAUGUCAAUGGAGACACUUGGCCCCUCCACACCCUCCGAUGUCAACUUUUUUCUGAGGCCUGAGAAUUUCCACGAAGAGGAUGAAGCCAAAGAUGAUGUGGGCACCAUGGACAGAGCCCCCCGAGUGCGCGCUGCGUUCCCUGAGGGUUUCCACCCCAGGCGCUCAAGCCAGGGUAUCCUCCACAUGCCCCUCUACUCGUCACCCAUUGUCAAGAACCCCUUCAUGUCUCCUCUGCUGGCCCCUGACAGCAUGCUGAAGACCCUGCCGCCUGUGCACCUUGUGGCGUGCGCUCUGGACCCGAUGCUGGACGACUCGGUCAUGUUCGCACGGCGGCUGCGCGACCUGGGCCAGCCCGUGACGCUGAAUGUGGUAGAGGACCUGCCGCAUGGCUUCUUGAGCCUGGCGGCGCUGUGCCGCGAGACCCGGCAGGCCACGGAGUUGUGCGUGCAGCGCAUCCGGCUCGUCCUCACCCCGCCUGCCGCACCGCUGAGCUGAGCCGGAGCUGGGGACGGCGGGGGGCGGCACUAAAAGACCUCUUGCUCCCA